GGUGGUUCGUCUUUGGUGUAAAUUUGGCGGACAUUUUGGAAUUUUGUUUUUGUGUUUUUCUUCUAAACAGAAUGUCUUUACAACGAAAUUGCGUGCUAAAGGACAUGAAGAAAAUUGUGAGAAGAUGAUAGAGUCGUAAAAAAAUGAGUUCCCCUAUUUCUAGCCUGAAGAAAGGCAAAAGAAACCCUCUGGAUCCAAGGUAACCAUUUGUAAACAUAAAACUUCGAAACGUUUCAUUGAAUUUUAAAAUCAUGAGCUUAUUAUUAAUACUGUCCAAUAACUUACUGUUUUGUGAAUACUAGAAAAAAACAAUGUUAUUUUGUUUUUUUACUAUACGUAGUUACCUGUGUGCAUGUUUUUUCAUGUUAUUUUACCAUCUUGUUACUUUAAGUGCUACAACGAUCAAAUUUGCCUUGGGAAUCUGUUUUUCAUUAUAAAGCUUAGUCUUACGUAUUUCGAAAUUAUAUGCAAGAGGCUAGUAACUCUCUGUGCCAAGCUAAAAUUUGUUUUGGCUGUCUUACCUGGCUGAAAAAUCCACAGAUAAGAUUGCCACUGAAAUUUCUUUUGCUUGAUCUUUAUUUGGCUCAUUCAUCCAGAGUUUAAGCUUAGUUUGGUCAUACGUGUAUUUGCUUGUUCAGAAAAGCUUAUGCAAGUUAUGCAGUACAUACUAGUCAGUCAUGUCUCAUAGUGUACAGCCAUUAUACUACUAGCAAUUCAGCUGGUGAUCAGUCAAUCUCUUCUAUCUCCCGAUAAAGACAAACAGUGAGCUAUUAAAGUUACAAAAAAAUAAAUUGCAAUCCACAACACCAUACCAUAACAGUACUGUUGUAACACAACAUACAUUUUGUAAAGGAAUUUGGCUUUUGUUACUUUUAGGGGACCAUUGCUCUAUGGAGGAAAGGUAUAAGGUGUUUGAGCAAAAUGAUAAGAUUGAUACGAUGAAUAAUGUCGUAUGUUUUUUGUAUUUUAGACUAGUUACCGAAGAUUCAAGCUAGAAUAAUACAGAAAAUAACCAAAAAGUCUCAUUCUACAUUCUACAGUAAUAUUGUAUACAUUUGUCUCGUUGUUGCCUAAACUCGUCAUUUUGCAUUGCUUGCACACUUUAUAUUUAUUUGUUUUUGUCUUUGUUAUGGAGAAACAGUCCCCUUAAAGUAACAAAAGCCGCCAACUUUGCCGUCAUUCAAACCAUGAUGAGUACAGUGCAGGUAGUAUCAUUUCAACUUUCAAAUUUGUCUGCAAAUAACUGCAUGCCUACAGUCAUUGCUCAUACUGAGUUGAGGAAAGUUUGGUAUUUGGUAAAUUUGGUUUUCAGAGCUGUGCUCAUGUGCAGUUUCCCCUAAGUUGUGUUUGGAUGACAAGGGCACUCCAUGUUUAUCCCAAGAAAUUACACAUAAACAAAUUAAAAGAAGAAUAACAGUUGACUUGUAUUUAAAAACAGGACAUGUUUAAGAGAAAUAUUGUGAUUUGCUAUAGUUUUUCAAGGUUUGAUCAAUUUGAGGCAAAUUAGAUUUUCAUUUUUGAUUUGCUUACCAUAGGAAAUUCAUGGUUUAUUAGGUUGACCAACUCUAUAGUUAUGUAAUAUUAACUGUCUAUUGUUUUUAGGCAAGCUCAAGUCCCAUUUAGGAAUCAAGGAAACAUUCCAGGUACAUGUGCUAGUUAUGCCUGCCAUAAUUUACACCAUUGCACGAUCAUGCAAUAGAUAAAAAGCAGUUAAAUCGUUGCUUAUUCAGUUCUUAAUGAAAAAUAAUCAAUAGAGAAAUAAUAAGUAUUGCUUAUUUUAGUAAAUCAUAUUCCACUCAUCCUUGUUGGAUUAUUAUCUUGAUCAAGAUAAAAAAAUAGACUUGGACCCAUGGCAAGGGGUUUCGUUUCAGACCAGGAAUGAGAUGCAACGUCCGGUUGUUUGCCAUGUAACAUAAUUAUGGUAGUUCACGCACGAAAACAAUUAAUAAUUAUUAUUUAAAAUUAUUUUUUUAAAGACCUUCCUGGUAAACCAAUUUCGGUCCAAGGAACACCGGAAAUUGCAUUUUAGAAAUUAAAGUCUAAUUGUAAAAAUUUCACGCCUCCUCAACCCUCAACAUUUGUGCCUGUGGCAUGAACGGUGUCAGUCUGCCAGUUCUCUGCAUCCGGUUACUUCCAAAUGCUACCGUCAACUGAAAACCCCGCAUGGCACCAACUUAAUCUUUGUCUUUCUGUGAUCUUCUAGAUGACAUUUCUGGUUCUUUGUUGAAGAACAAUGGCAUGGCAAAAUUACCCAAGUCUUCAAGCUCAACUUACGGUAAGAGUGGAAUAAUGUCGUAGGGAGGAGAGAUUACAGAGUGAACUUGGUCCUUUUUUUAGUACUGUAAUAUUAUGCAUGACUAAAGGAUUUGAAAAGUCAAGAAAAAAACAUUCCAGUAAUUGCGCAGGAGGCAAGUGUGACCAAGCAAUUAAAAUGCCAGACUUUCAUUGUCAUCUGAUCCCAAGGCCUCAUGUUGUAAUUCCCAUUGAUUGCCAGCUGCUGGAUUCAUUGUUUCACCACAGCCCUCAGUUCAAAUCUGUCAAGCUGAUCUUAUAAAUAGCCUACUGGUUCAAUGCUUCUGUUGCUAGGAUUUGUUCAUGUAACCUUGUUACAUCUUAGUUUGAGUUUUUUUUAUAAAAUAUGGUUCAGGGGAAAUAAAUAAUAAUAAUUGCUAUUAUUGUUUAAUUAUUAUGUUUUAACAAAGCCAUUUUCUGGUUACUGUCUAGCUAUUAUUGAGCUAAAACCUACCAAUGAAAAGCCUUUUGCAUGUUGUGCACUUUGUGGCCUUAGUUCUGUUCCAGUAGCAAACUAUCAGCUUGGAGAACUGAAGUUUGAGAAUGCGCAGAAGGAGAGCUUUUUCUCCUCUCCUCUCCUGUUGCUUUUCCUGCCCCAUCUUUUUCUUUUGCUGGGCAUUUACUAGGAAGGCUUCACUUUGGUGGCAAAAGUUUUUGGGAAAAGUUUUUUGAUCGUAUAGGAUUAGAUGUAAGGAAGUGUGGGUUGUGGUAGGUAGUGGAACAAGAUUUUCAUCUAAAUUUUCAGGUCAACUUUGCAUGGUUUUCUCUUUGCCAUUUUGUCUGUCCCCUUGACUGAAUCAUGCUCAUUUUGGUGUAGUUUGAAAGAUCUCUUCCUCCUGCACAAAGUACUGACAAAUUUGUCCUUGACCAUUAAAACUGAUGACCACACAUGGGAUACAUAGGAUGUGGUGGUUUUGGGCGGUUCAGGAGCGAAUGGGUUAGACUCUUGGUCAAAGAAUGGGCAUUCACAGUGAUCAUUAUUAAUAGUACCCACAGAUCAUGAACUUCUUGGCAGUAUGAUGUCUCGUUUAGCUCAAGCAGAACAGCAGCUAAAAGCUGCUCAGACACAGCUACUUGAAAAGGUAAAAAAAAAACCAUUGUAAAUAUUUAUUAUAGUACUGUAAAUAAUUAUGAUGUGGUAAAGUAUAAUUUAAGUUACGUUAAAUGCAAAACACUGCUGGUCAGUGGCCUCCCCUGUUGCAGGCGUGCAGAGUGGUCGGUAGGUUUGCAGGUGGUGACGUGGUUUUACAGCUCGGCUGUUGAGGUCAAGCUCUGCUCUUGUGUGCUUGGCCCGUUCCGACUGUGCUCGGCGACCUCACUCCCUGCCCCCCCUCCCUCUCUGUGGUAAGUGUUAGGUAAGCAUCAUUUUGCACUUUUUUUGGGUGUGACGAUUCCUUGUGGUUGCCGCUCAUGUGCAGGGUUGUCAUGCUUACCUUGCAUGCUUGGCUCUUGUGCUUGUGGCUCAAACAUCUUUCCAGGCACCUUCCCCAAGCUCAUCUACUGUUGAUGAAAUCAUAAUCAUACUAAUGAGUAUUAUUAAAUAAUACUCAUUAAAUAAAAAUUUUUUAUUUAUACAGUCACAUAAUUAUUUUAAGUAAGUGGUUUUGCCAUUGUUUCACUUCAAGCAUGAAACAAGACAGUGUUCUCCUUAUCAGGUGGUAACCAGUAAAAUUUACUGCCUGAACAGGGUGCAAAGAAAGUUGGUUUUACAGCUUGCCAUUCGGGCAAGUUGUUGCUAGUAUGUACUAACCCAAGAGUGUUAAAGUAGCCCAAAAAGUUUUCAUGAGCAGCACUGAUUACAGUUCUUCUGUAUUUUGAAUUCCCCAAAAAAAAACCACUUGCCCUUUGGACAAGUUGAGAACAGGAUUCUCUAGCCCAACUGCAAAAUCCACUAGUCCUGGGCUAUUGGACACAACUUUCUUUACACGCUGCUGAAGCAGCACUUCUUACCACCUGCAACUGAAAAUUGAACUGAAAACUGAAAAUUACUAAAUUACAUGUUGUAGUUUUAAAAAAUAAGCAAGUUGUGGUCUGAUCUGAUCAAGGAAAUGAAUGAAUGUGUGGACUAUGGGCUAGGCAUUUUGGAAACUCAAGAGAACAUUGGAGACAGAGUAAAAUUAUUAGAAUCAAACAUUUUGAAAGGCCGAUUUGCCUAAAAUAGUUUCCAGGAAAGUGUGCCUCUGGGGCAUUUUUGGCCUUACCGGCCAUGAAUAGUCCCUUACCUGCUGAGCUAAAAUUUAAGGAGGACACUUUCCACUGCUAUGAAAUUUUCAAAGCAGUGCACAAGAUGAGUGUGACAUACAUUUUUAAAGUCGAGUUUUAGAGGUCUUUGAUUUACAAGUCUGGUUGAAGGGAUAACUAUACUUGUGCGCUUGAGACCAAGAUCAAAAUAGUAGUAAAUGAGAAGUGUAUGAUCGUGGGACUUACUGAAGCUGUAAUGUCUCUUUUUCCCACUUCUUACAUAACAUUUGUGCACCAAAAUUUUGUGAGCACAGGUUAUUUAAUUAGGUUAAUUUGAACUUACUGUAAUGCAGCUCCGUGUUACUAAAGUAGAUGCAGUGAAACCUCCUAAUCACCAAAAGUACAUUUUAAGAUUCAGUGGUAGUUUAUGGGAGGUUGAAAAAGAAUGAAAUAGUCGAACAACAAAGGGAUGUGUUCCAAUUUAGAGGUCCUGACACAUAUACUUUUUGAAGGAGAAUUUACUGCAAAACAGCAUGCAAUUUCUUAGGUACCAUUUAAGCUCCAUGUUGUCACUAAAAGUUCUUUGUAUAGCAUAGUAGAUACAGGAAACAUAGAGAUUAAACCUGUGUCAAGUGGUCACUAACAGAAGUUUAAAAACAAUGGAAAGUUUAAAACUGUCUCUCCAGUCUCCACAAAGUGGUUGCGGUCGCUUACGAGGGGUGGUCGUUUACGAGAGCUUGCUUACCAAAACCUUGAUUAUUCCUGAUACCACGAAAACUGAGUCUAGUAAUUAAUGUUGUUUUGUUGUACAUGUACAUUUUUUUUUGAAGAAAAUAACAACAAACACACUGUUGCACAGAACACAGUCUGACAUUACUCUUAGAAAUCAUGCAUUACACUCGCAAACUACAGAUUAGUCACUAAUCUACAAGCAGAUAACUGACUAAUCUGUGGGUUGCACUGAUUUCCAAAAAAAACUGUUGGCUCUUAUCCAAUCAAUGAGAAGUCAGAUAGUGAGUACAAUGUAUAAUGUAACAUAUUAAAUUUAAAUAUCUACGUCAUUAAAAGCUGUAGAUAAUUAUCUGAAGUCAGCAUUGCAUAAAGCAGAUCUGGUAUUCAUGUAAGUAUUGAUCAACAUUCACCUUUAAGUUUUAAUUUCUGUUUAUUUGUUGUUGUUUUUUUAAGGAUAAGAAGAUUCGAAUCCUUGAGGAAAAAGCUAAAUUGUUAGAAAAAGCCAGAGGUAAGAUACAGUGUAAUAGUGGAGUGCAUAAGCUUUUAAAAAUAUCAAGUUGAGAAAGUCUUCCAUUUAAAACCUUGGUCAAGUGAACCAAAACUCUUAAAUUAUCUCAACAGAUCAUAUUGAGACAGGCGUAGCUACCUAACCUCAGUACACUCAUGGGUUACAGGCAAAAUGUUGAAGAUUAAUGAAAACAAAGUCUAAAAUAAUGAUUAAAAAAACAAACAAACAAACAAACAAAGGCAACAAAAAAAACAGAAGGUAUAUAAGUGAUAGCUUGGCUGUCAAAUAAUUCUCAAAAAAAAAAUUCAGCAUUCCCCACCCCCGCCAUGGAAGGGUGUGGGGACUUGCUCUGCAGUCCCUUGGUAGAAUACUUUCCUAUCUUACUUGUAUGUUACCAUACCAUAUCGUUAGAAAACACAUAUGUAAUCAAAUAAACCCACAUGGAAAGAAUUCAGGAGAUGAUGGGGGGCAGAUUUAAAAACAACUUUGCAUUAUACCUAUGGAAAAAUUAAUCCUAGCUGUGCCACUGUGAGGGAUAUUGAAUUUGUGAAUAGAAACUUAGGUAAAGUAUGGUAGGAAAUAGAGAUGGUCACCUCAUUCAAGCAUUUAAAUUUUAUCCGCCCCUUUACUUGCCUUUCAGGUUAUAAUUCAGAUACAAUAACAGAACUAGAAAGAAAAUGCAGGAGAUUACAGACUCAAGUAUUCCAGAUGGAGGUACAGUGGAGUACCGUCUUAUUACCCCCCCCCCCCCCCCGGUUUAUACGACGACCUCGUUAUUACGACAAUAUUCUUUCGACCCAAACGUAAAAACCACUGAGUCAUUUUAUUAUUUUAAAUACCCCGUUAAUACGACCAUCUCGUUAUUACCAUCAGGGUUUAUUGUCCAACGGUGGUCGCAUCAACAGGGUUCCAUUGUAGUAGGGAUAUGAUCCUGGCUGAAAUUAAGAAAACUCUGAUUGUUUUUUUGACCCAGCUUCGAGUCAGUUUUAGUCAUGGUAUGCCUAUAUCAUCCCACAUGUUUAUGCUUAGAUUCUGAAGAUGACUACAGCACAGGUUGUCGAAACGUCAGUCACUGUCAACAACACUCAACCGAACGAACAGACUCAACCUACUUAUCAAGUGACUUCUGGGUUCAAACCUUUCACAGUUUUACGUUCACUUGAACGACAGAGCGAACCACUUGCAAACCACAAAAACUCUGACACUGAAGAUGACUACUGUAGAGGUUGUCAACCAGCCUGCGAGGAAGAUGUUCUCUCGCGGCUUGCUUCGCUCGGGAUAAAUGGAGAGCUUGCUCACAGGCUUGUAGUCGAAACCUCAGCCCAAAAGACUUGUUUCCAGCACUACAGCAUUCUCGCUAUUACUCGUAGUGGAAUGACGACAAGUGACAACGGCUAUCGCUUUUUCCCGCCAAAAUAGGGACUUUAAGAUCCAACGAGAUCCUAAUGACUUUAUCUGACCGCCUGGGCGGGUAUUGAAGAAAAACGGUACGACAGACUAUUACUUUCUCUGUUUCAGGACUUUUUGGCUGAUUAUGGUAUGGUGUGGGUUGGAGAUGACUCUGCUGCUGAUUCUGAUUAUGAUGUUUUAGAAGAAUCACCAUCCUCAGGCACUAGCACUUUGAGCCAUCAACAGGCAGUAUGGAAUCCUGGUAAGUUAAAAUUUUGUAUAUUACCUAAUUAAAAGAAUGUUUUAACAUUAAAAUGCCCUGUUGUCUCGAAGGAAACGGUGGUAGUCCUGUGAACCUUGAGAUUCUCGGGCGUGCGCAUUUGUUAGUCUUGAAAACCACGAGGUUUUUGGUCGUUUUGCUCGCUCAGCCUUUUUUUUUCUGUUAGUGUUUCGAGAUUAAAGUUUUACACAAUUCUCACCGACCAAUUACCCGGAAGUACACCUGUCCACACUACGUUUAGGCGAUUACCAGCCGUUAGUUGGAAAAUGAGCCCGCGCUCCGCCCUCAUUCCUUUCGGGAAGGGAAAAGACUGGACCCGCGAAAGAGUAGGCAUUGCCUAACAACCAGUUAAUGCCCUGUCCACACUUGGUUUACGGGCGCGAUUACCACCCGCUGUUCAGAAAAUGAGCCCGUGCUCCCUCUUUUCCCUAGGGAAGGAACAAGACCGGACCCGAGAAAGCUGCGGAAAUAGAGCCUACACUGGGUUAUGCAUGCGUUUUGUAAACCCUCGUUCUUGUUUUUACAAAAAACAGAGAAAUGCCCUUGUCCAUGAUGAUACUAGCUUUUUCGGUCGCGUUGUCUCGCAAGCCCAUGAAAGCGAAAGUCGGCUGUAUUUCGUUACCAGGCUAUUCCCGGACGGUUUCGCUCUGACGAAGGGUUAUAGCAUUCGAGACUUCAGCUUUUUAACGAUUUUACGCUGUUAAAUGAAAUUUUCCACAUGAUACAGUCGAUAAAACAUAAAUAAAAUAAAUAAAUAAAUAAAAAUUUAUUUAUUUAUUUAUUUAUUUAAAACCAAAAUUUUGUUUUUUCAGGCAACCUUUGUUUUUCGCCCCAUGUAUGAAAAAGGGCAUCCAAGAUAAUAUUGGAUACUGGAUUCCAAUCGUUUGUGGGAUUCCGGAUUCCUUAAGCUGUAUUCCGGAUUCCAAAGUCCAGGAUUCGGGAUUCCAAAAGCAGAAAUUUUUCGGACUCCGGAAUCGGGAUUCGCUUACCUGCGGUCGAAAUUUCAACCUAGUGUAAGACUGAACCAGAACUUACACAUGUAAUUUCUUUACCAAUUUCAAACCGUAUUAGAAAAUAUGUUUAUUUUUUAGCAAGGCUUGAUAAUACUACCUGUUUCUCAUAGUUACCGUUUUUCAAUAUUUUAUACUAGAUUCUUCACUAGUUAGCAAUAUGCCUCGGGAAUUUAAAAUGGACUUUGACCUUGUCAUGAAGAACAUCAGAGAACUUAACAUUCUGGCGGGAGAAGGCUGUAGUGAUGUAACAAGAACUAAAGAUGGUGCUAGACUGAAGGUACAUUAGUGGUACAUUAGUCGUGAUCCAUUUACCAUCUUAUUGCUUCUCUUAGGAAUACGAUUUCAGUUACGACUGUAAGGGUUCUAGAUUUUUAAUCUGGAAGGUGGUGGUCGACGGCUUUUAAAACAAUUUUCAGGCUCCCCCCUCGUCUUAAAAAUAAUAAUAAUAAUAAUAAUAAUAAUAAUAAUAAUAAACAAUCGUCUUAUUUUGGGCCAAACUAAGGCUCGCAGGGGUAGAAAAAAAAAUUUUUUGAUAGUGGGAUCCCCACUUAUCUGUCGUUCUGUAUCCGAUCCGCCAAUCCUCGCUUCGACUCGCCUUUUAUCCAGUGAAAGACGAGUUUUGGUAGUUUAUUUGCGUCAAAUUUGGAAUCAGAUGGAUAAUUUAUUUUGCUUAUUUAGAAAAAAAAGGAGAAGAAACGGUAGUCAAUAUUUUAUCGAUACAGCAAGAAUCACAAUGACAGUAGAGAAAUCGCGGUGGUAGGGACGCGAUAAAGAAAUCGUGGUAGAGAAACCCCAUUAGUUCUCAAUCGCGUUUGCGAUACCUCUGUCGCGAUUUGUCGAUGGUGAUCGUGAAAUUACCCUAACCCCAGUACACGCCACCGUUUUUUAUCUUUCAACUGUUUAUUUGCUGCUUGCAGGUUCGUGAUCCUGUUCCUCUGUGUUUGUAUGCAAAUGGUAUACUGAUGUUUGGUGGUCCAUUCAGACCGUAUUCUGAUCCAGUCACACAGGUUAGCAGCUAUCUAAAAAUAGCGACCUUUCGAUUUGACUACGCGCACGAAAUCGAGUGCGAGUAUGAGUAUGUAAUUUCCAGCCAAUUAUAUCUCCCAUAACUCGCUUAACUCCUUUCUGUUGCUGGGUGGCACAUAAGUGAACGAAAGUGAAGAAUGAUCAUCGCAGUAAAUUUUCCAAUUUAAGCAAUUGGAAAGAAGAAGCCUGAAAAAAAUCAGGGCUUCAACGUGAUUCGAACCCGUGACCUCCGCGUUACCGGUGCGUUGCUCUACCAACUGAGCUACGAAGCCACACAUUGAACGUUAGGUAUAAGAUUGGUGGGAUAAGUAGUUAUAUGGGGCAAAUGAAUUUAGUCUAAAAAAACUAUUACACAAUAUCGUACUCCUUGUCCUUUCUAAAGGUCCCUAAUACCUAUAGGAGGGCGGUGGGUUGAGGAUUAUUGUCAGCAAAUGCAGGAACUAAAUGGUACUAGUAAUAACUAAAAUGAACAAAUGUGGUUGAACUAGGAAAGGUUAUCCAGCAAAGGUUUUUCGCGCGCUGAUUGGUGAAGAGCUACAGUCCAUGAGAGUGCAGACCGUAAAAAUGACUUGAUGGUGGUGCAAUUUUUUUCCGGUUUUCCGUGCGCCAUUUUCCAAGAAACUUAACUGGAAUUCGAAAUGUCGCUUAACAGUUGUCAAUUGCAAUUUUAUGUGAGAAUACAGAUGGACAACAAUAUUUUGUGUUUUAUAAUCUUGUAGACCAUACUAAUGACGUCAAAACGUUCAAGCUCGUCUGUGACUCGUGGUCAUGAACAUUUUGACUUCAUUUAUAUGGUCUGUAAGACCAAGGCCAAACGUCGAAGUUCUUGCGUUGCGUCGAACCAAACCAAGCAAGUUCACUUCAUGACAAGAUUCGACAUUUGUCUCCGUUAAGUUUUUUUGAACCUGAGCUUUAGAUAGACAAACUUGUUGAAUCCGUCCCCUUCGAACGAAGUACCUCGGAAAGUUUGGGGCGUUUUAUUGCUAUUGUGUAUAUUUUGAUAAUUGUCCUAACAUUUAAAGUACCAAUUUCUCUUCUUGCACUAAUUUAUAGACGACGAUUUAGACACUGUCGCAAUGUUCUACUUUUAAUCGGUACCUUUUGUGUUACAGCAAUGCAUGAAAGACGUAAUGGAUGGUUAUUUUCCCAGCGAACUACAGAGCAGAUAUCCUGAUGGCAUUCCUUUUGAGGUACAUAACACAGCGGUUAAAGGGAUGUAGAAUUAGUUAGUCAAAGCGGCAGUCACUGGGGCUUGUUUCCAAUUCUCCAAAGCCAUGACACUUCAAAAAGCGAUUUUAUUUCUGCAGUGCUUUCAUUAAUGAUUGAAAUUUUAUUGAUUUUAAAAUUUCCGUUGCAGUAGUUAGUGAAUGAAACAAUUGGGUUGGGUUGUUGGUUAGAAUCUCGCUACUAUUCUUCUGGUCCCAGUUAUUUAAAAGGUGGAUAGCGUUAUCCAUCGGAUAAAUUUCUAUCUACGGAAUAGCGCAAUUGGUUUCCCAAAUAUUUAUCGACUCGAUAGAGAUUUAUCCUGUGGAAAGCGCUAUUCACCUUUUGAACAACUGGGGCCAGAUUUUGAUUUUAGAAUAACGCUUCGAGCCCAAUAGACCUAUUCGGCUAACUCAAUGUUGUACCCAAUUCAAACCCUUUGGGAAUAAAACGUUUUGUUUCAGGAAUUUCCAUAUCAUUUAAAUGCGAAUGCCACAUUAUAAUGAAAAUACAAUGCACAAAGAAUCUUAACCCGGGGAGAUUUGAAUUGGGUGCAACGUUGAGUUAGCCGAAUAGGUCUAUAGAAAAACCUGUUCAGGAGCCGUUACUCUGGAGGAAGAGUCAUAGUUUUGACGAAUUUUCAGGGUCAGAAGGUGAACGCUCUAAAACGUUUUUGUAUUUAAUAAUUAUGCAGGUUCAAGACAAAAGAGACGUGGUGUAUGAGGAUAGACGGACGGCUUUGUUGUUUCCUGGUGAAGGGCAGUCGUUAGUUGAUGACGAGAACGGUGAUAAAAACCUCAAAGUGGAAAGUCAACCACAAGGUUCGUUUGAGUGUAGUGUUACUUUGUUCCAUACACAAACUCCAUUUACCGUUAGGACUUUUGAAAGGUAAAGUUAUAGUGAUUGAACGGAGCUAAUCCAAAGGAAGCGGGGUUUGGUUUGAAAAAUCAGGAAUUUCAAAAAAUCGAGCUUAGAAAAAUUUCGUAUUCCAUUGUAUGACAAGAUUGUGAACAGUGACGUCACGAAUCCUUUCCUAGAUUUCCUUCUUAACAUGCUAAUUUCACUGAUAAAAACUUGUGCGUAUGCAGAUGGCUAUAUUGCUUUCUUAGGCGUGAGGCUAAUUCUUGUUUUGUGAUUCUUCAUCUAUUUUUUACCUGUUUGUUGCUCAGUUUUCUGCUUAAAUUCUUUUAAUCAGGUCAGAGGCAACAGUCUAUGGAACAAUUUUUAUCCCGUCUUCCACAGUCAGUCAUAAAAGAGGGUAAAAUAAUAGACGUGAGAUCUGGAGUAGCUAAUGUUAUAAAGGUUUGCAAUUUAAUUGUUUUUUAGUCUAUUUGAUAGAAUCUUUUUUAAAUAGGUAUUUUUUUAGGUAUUUUUAGGUAUUUUUAUUUAUUUGCCACACAAUUACAAUAAUUACUUAAAGAUGCCAAAAGAAAAAAAAUAUAUAUAUAGGAAGAGAUGGCGAGGAGGCCUAAAAGAAACUAUAGAGCUUAUGUUAAUUAGGCCUCCUCAAUUACAAUUUUUCGAAGAUGGCAUAAAAAUUACGGCGACGGGUACAAUAUAAUAUCAGGUGAAAAAUUAAACUAAUCAAUAUUACGGAAGUUUACAUGUACAAAUGUUGAAUAUUAAAAGGCUUUUUCCCAAGAUUUUUGUUGAAGUAUACUAUAAUUAUUACAAAUAAAUGCCUUAAGUGCUCUUUUAAAGGAGAAAGGUGAGGAAGCGUUGAUGAUGUUGGUGUUUAAGGUGUUGUAAAUUUUAGGUCCUUGAUAAAAAACGGAAAAUUGCUUGGUUCGAGUACGACAGAAAGGCAGACGAAAUUUACACGAGUUUCUUGUAUUAUACGAAUGAAUUUGACUUUGUAAGGUAAAUUUACAAUGAAAUUUGAAAGGUAGAGUAUGGUUUUGAUAGGAGUACAUGAAUAAGCCUAGUUGUAUUAAGUAUAUAUCAUGAAAUUUUAAGAUACCAAGAUUUUGAAAGAUUGGAUCAGUAUGUGCAUCGAAAGUGGUUUUAGCUAUAGUUCUGAUCACUCGUUUCUGUAAAAUCUCAAGACGAAUAAGGUUAGUUCUGUAAGUAGAGGCCCAAACUAAGUUGCAGUAAAAAAGGUAUGGAUAGACUAGAGAAAAAUAUAGUGUUCGUAAGGUUUUCGUGGAUAAAUAGAAACUCGAUUUACGAAUAAUUCCUGUGCAUUUAGAAACUUUAUUGGCGACAUGUGAGAUUUCAGAUUUCCAAUUUAAAUUUUCAUCCAUGAUUACUCCCAGGAAAACUGUUUCUUUUACUUGAUCAAUUUUUUGACUAUUAAUUAAAAAUAAACGUAAAAAUGGCUGAUCAGAAGUAUCUAUGCUUACAACUACAGUAGUAUCUACUGUAGUUGUUCUUUGUUGAAUUCCGUCCUCCUCCUCCGUACAUUUGUUUGUUUUUUAAUUGAGAGAAUUAGAAUUACGGUUAAGGCAAAAGUCAGAUUCAAGUUGACAAUUUCUCAAAUCACGAAAUGAGCAAUAUGCAAGGUAAUUCUUACAGAUGAUAGUGGCAUCACACGACUUUUAUGUAGAUGUAAUGAACAGCUAACCGGCAAGAAAAGGGAAAACUUGGUUGUGUAGUACAAAUCAUGUGUCGCAUGGCGGGUGGUGUUCCAUUCCCACAACAUGUAUGUGUAGAAGUAAUCAUACUGCUCCUGGUCGAAAUUUUGACGUACAACGAACACUAGUUUGGCCUCUGGAAAUUGCGUUUGAGGGUCUUACAAUCUAACUCAGUGAAAUCUCUUAAUUCAACAUGGAGGUGGUGGGAGGGGAGGGGGUUGGGCGGGAGUGGUGGAUGGGUUUGGAAGUGAUUUAUAUCAUCGACUGUCUCUUAAUGGACACCUGUAAGACAUACAAUUCCGCAAACGUACACCUAGGGUUAGUCCCUGCUUUCUAUAGUAUGCUGCCCGCUAUUUUACUCUCUGUAAGAAGGACAUCUCUCUUAGAGAGAGUUGUCUUUAUUAAUUUUAGCACUUGUUUGACUAUGCCUAUCUCUAGCGACUUUGUAUGGUCCCUAUUUUGUUGAAAAUAAAUCUCUGUUCUCGUUACUAUAGGGUGGAGCAGGCCAUUCAGACGUCAAAGUUCUUGAUACACCCGCUCUCCAGGAUAUUAAGACCAGGUAAUCCGCUAUAUUGUGGUCCCUCUGGGGCUUCCUAUCUUAAAAGGCCUAUUAGCACUAAUCCAGGCUUCAAACGCACAUCUCAAAAUAACCAGUGUUACCAGUUCUUACUCCAAUGACGCCAUGCUAAGACAAAUAUCUGAUGGUGUCCGGAUGGACAAAGUAUACCAGAGGCUCGAAGAGCGAAUUAUAUCUCAAGACUUUUAGUUUUUAUUUUUACAGUUUUUACAGUUUCUAGAUUUUUAGUACGUUGAAUAUGUAAAAAGACGUAAUGUCUUCUUUUUCUAGUUCGAGGUAAAAAACUUCAACCCAUAAUUGUAUGUGUCUUGUUUUCAAUUGGGUAGAAUAUGAUUUUUUGUUAGCAUGACUAGAUCUCGAAGUAAGGGCUUAACAAUAUUUUUUGAAGUUCCUAGACAAGAAUUUUUUCAAAAACUUUGCCUAAACACUGGGUUAAUUAAGCGACUAGCCAUCUUUAGACGAUACAUGCCUUGAUGGUUAUUUUCUCUUUUAGUUCCUAAUUGGCUGAGUUGAUCUACCUCACUCUAGGCCCGAUCGGUCUAAAGAUAGCUAACUUGUGCUCUGGAUUAGGCCAAAUUACAAACAAUACUUUUCGCAAAAUAAGAAGUGAAAAAAGCGUAUUAUGCUGUAUUUACCUGCAUACCUUGAAAACUGUAAAUUGUAAAAGUCUUAUUAUCUACCCCUUCCCUCCCUCCCACUUGCUUUUCAGGGAUUUUACAACACUGUUUUGGGGACUUUUUGCAGACUACUUGUGACGCACUUUAAAAUCAGUGAAAUAACAAGUUAUGAGUGCCUCCUAAAGCGAAUGUUAAUUUGAGAUGGACGACCACACCAAGGACUACUGGCCCUGCUCUUUAUGAACACUGGAAGAUUGUUUGGGCUCGUUAACAUCCCACAGGGUUUAUACUUUCUGCAAAGAUCGGGAGACGUAUUCUACGGUUUAUUGUCUUAUCUGAGGAGACUAGAUUCCAGGGCUGUCACGUUGUGCCUUGGAGCGGGGAUGUACAAGCAUCACCUCAGACUACUCAGUUCCCGGAUCCAAACCUUGAGAUAAGGCCGGGGUUGGUCAUCCAGACCCUUAGAUAAGGUGGGGGGCUCCCACAAACAUUUUUUUGGCCCUUCGGGCCUCCGUUUGAUCUAAAAAUAAUUGAGGGGGGGGGACCGGGCCCCCCGAGCCCCUCCAUCGGCCACUGCUACUUUCAUGGGAAACGGAAAGGAAAUAGAACCAAAAGAACUUCGUGGCUGUUCUAUUCCCCACCUACUAAUUGCAUAUAGGAGGCAUCGUGACAUCUGUGACAGCCCUGCUAGCAAGUCUAACCGUUUGUAGAUAGUAUUACAAAUGCAGCACUUUUUUUCUCCGCUGGCCGGGAUUUGAACCUCUCGCUUAGCUGACCGGUGCUUAUCCAGCUGAACUAACCAAACUAACAGCCCAAAACGGUCUGUAAGUCAGUUAACCAAACCGCCAAUUAAGAUUUGUAACUUUGGUUUAUCGCUGACCACCCCUUUGAGUAACUGCUAAAUUCUUUUAUUUAUCAGAGAGUGACGUCUCUGAGUUUGAAGAGAACUCUCAAUCACUUUGUACAAUUGCAUUACAGGAGUGCUUCUGGGCCAAGACCACAAUCAGGUUCACCUCAAGUUACAACAUUAAGAAUCAAGUCCGAAUCAGGAGAAAUGGUAAGUCUGCCAACAUGACAGACUCAGGAAGUUGUGCGAGUGAGGAAAAGUAGGCGAGACGAGUGAAAAUGUUUCAAUUAAAGUUAAAACUGGUGGUCCCCUAAGUAGAUUACAGGGUUCGCAUAGUUUGGAAAAGUCCUUGAAUUUGAGGGGGAGCUCUUGAAAAGUUCUUAAAUUUCUAUGUAAGCCCUUGAACUUUCUUCACGUUUCAAAUGUAGUGGCCUUGAAAGUGUUUUUAAUGCCUCUUGGUUGUCCAAAACAGAAAGUAAAUCAUAGCUCAGAGAAGUUAAAGAAAUAUUUGAAGCGUUUUUUUUGUUUUAUGUAAGAAUUAGCCAUCAAUUUACGAAUUUGGUGGAGCAAACAGUUCGAACCUUAAAGUCCUUUUAGAAUUCACUGGAAAUUGCAUUUUUGUUCAGUUUGUGAAAUUACAUUCCUGGUAGGUGGUCCUUGAAAAGUCCUUUAAAAAUGGUUGCAAUUUUUUGUAUGAAAUCUGUAGAAACGUUUAACUAUAAGCCAAAUGCAUGGGGAUAUUUUAGGUCUCUUUUUCCCCCGAUGCGUUCCAACACGUAAGUAUUGCAAUGCUCACCGUGGAAAAGGACAAAUCAUUUGUUGAAGACAUGACAGGGAAUCUGCCCAGCACAAUCGACGGUGGACUUUAUCUAAGAUAGGAAGUUCAAAAUUAAAGAGGUUUCUUGUCUCUCGUAACUGUAUUCUCUUUUCUUGUGUCUGUUUAGACGUACAUCUUGAAAAUGAAGUUUACAGACUGUAUUGCGGAUGUAAGGAGUCACAUAGACGCUGCAAGGUUUGUGCUCACUAUCAAACUGUACCUCUUGUCCGAGCGCUGAAUGACGAGUUUUGGAAAUUCUGGAGAGUUUCAAGUAGCAUUUUUUUACCAUCUUGCUUCGAGAAAAGUUGAUGUUUGUGUGAUUGCUUUUUUAAACACGGUGGUUAGUCGCUCCCGGCUCUACCCCCAACUCGGUUGAGGUUGGUUUUCUUCCCUCCUCGUCUUCUAAACUGAUCCAACAGCAAGGGUGGACCAACCCGGAAGUAAUGGCUCUUUUGGGGGUCAUCGGGAAGAUUCAGCACGUCAUUUUUUCACAUUUGUAGUUUAAAACGCGAAAAGGUUCGUGUCUUUUCGUCGGAUACAUUUGGGAUCGUAUGCCUCAAUAUAUGUAAUUGUUUUUGUUUCAUUUUUCAUGAAAGAAUUGAUGAAAAUGAGCCUUAAACGAAAAUUUAGAAUAAAGAAAGCUGACUUUCUGUGGAGACUGUUAAGAUGAAUGCUCACCUUCACAGUACAAGACGCGAUGAUUACAGACAGAAAAUGGGAAGCUUGCCGUUUACCAUAAGCGUCUUGUGCAAACGCUGUAAUUGGAUUCUCAAGCAAGGCUCUCUUCUGAGACAUGUGAUAGUUCUUUGGCGCCGUUAAGCAGUCUUCACUUUUGCAUAAUUUUCAAGUUGCUGAUUUAUAUUAUUCUGUUUUAAAAUUUAGGCCUGAAAAUGCCCCUCCAUACGACAUCAAGACGUCAUUUCCCAACAAAGUCUACGAUGAUCCAACUGCAUCUCUGCAGGAAUGCCGCUUAAUACCUAAUGCAACGCUGCACUUACUCGCCAAGAAAGUGUGACGAGUCAUGAUCAUGACGUCAUGACUUCAGAUAGAAUGCGGCUUAGUACCUAAUGCAACGCUUCACUUACUCGCCAAGAAAGUGUGACCAGUCUUGAUGACAUGGUGACUCCACACGGAGUAUUGAAUCAAGUCAGACGGUGUCUUUCCUCAGGACACCCUUCUUUUUAGGGUCUCUUAUAUCUCGGUUUAAUUUAUUCACUUCAUUUACGUGACGUCGCCCCUGUCAUGUGUUAGUUUACCAAAACAAUGAAACGGUGGCCAUAUUAGUGAACCCAAAAAUAUCCUGUGGGACUUGAACUCUUUCCUCAUGCAAAUCUUCCUCUCCCUCCAAGAAAUUUUCGUAGCUGUUUCCCGUUUGAGUGAAAAGGUUACACCGGCACGGAAAUUAUAUCGGAUAGGGCAUCUGUUCGCACAUAAGAACCAGUGGCGGAUUCACCCGGGGGGGAUACUCGCAGAAAAAUUGGGUAGGGGUGUGCGGCCCGCUUCCCAAAACCCUUACCCUAUUUAUGACCAAAUUCUGCAAUUUUCCCUACCCUAUUUAUGACGUAACCAAAAAUUUGAUACCCUAUUUAUGACCUGGAACAUAAUUUGUGAAGGGCUUUUGUUGCUUGUUGCUUGUAUUUUCUAGCCUACAAAGCAGCCGGUGGAGAGGAAGGCAAAGCGCGGAUGGAAGGAGGGGGACAUGAUAAGGAAGUAGCUUCUUCUAAAAAAGUGCAUUCAAGACUACAGUGCAAAAAUCGUUACCCUAUUUAUGACCAAAAUGGCGGCAAAAUAGCCAAAAUCGAUACCCAAUUUAUGACCAAAACGGCUGAAAAACCCUACCCUUUGGGGCCGCACAUACCUAUAUAGC